CCGCGGCGGGUUUCCUCCGGCCCCAGCGGGCCCUUUUCUGCUCUCUGCGCGCUAGAGCCGCAGCAGCCGGGGCGCUGAGGGCGCAGAGGCGCUCCCCCGGCCGGCCGGCGUCCUCCGACCCAGGGACCGCGGCCGGUGCCAGGAGUGCCAAGGAUGGAUGAAGCUGCCGGGGAUUUGAAGCAAGCGCUCCCGAACGUGGGUGACAGCGUUCAAAUACAUGUGGAAGUUCAUCAGAAAUCAAGCAGUGCGGCCAAGAAAGAAGAUAUCAGAAUGAGUGUCUUAAAGCUGUUGAACAGACAUAAUAUCGUGUUUGGCGAUUACAAGUGGACAGAGUUUGAUGAUGGUUUCCUUAGCAGCAAUGUGCAGUCCGUGUCAAUUGUGGAUACGGAGCUGAAACUGAAAGACAGACAGCCUAUUGACUUGAACAAAAGCAGUCUUUCUCUUCAUAUUUUUCAUCUGAAUGAAGAAGGACCAAGCUCUGAAAACCUGGAAGAAGAGAAUGAGGAUAUCAUUGCAGCUAACCACUGGGUGCUACCAGCAGCUGAAUUCCAUGGCCUUUGGGAAAGUCUUAUAUAUGACACUGAAGUAAAAUCACACUUACUUGAUUAUGUGAUGACAACACUACUAUUUUCUGACAAAAAUGUUGACAGCAACCUGAUAACGUGGAACAGAGUUAUUUUGCUUCAUGGCCCUCCUGGAACUGGGAAGACCUCUCUUUGUAAAGCAUUGGCUCAGAAGCUGACAAUUCGACUGUCAUCCAGGUAUAGGUAUGGACAGUUAAUUGAGAUAAACAGCCAUAGCCUUUUCUCUAAAUGGUUUUCUGAGAGUGGCAAGCUUGUAACCAAGAUGUUCCAGAAGAUUCAAGAGUUAAUUGAUGACAAGGAUGCUCUUGUAUUUGUACUGAUUGAUGAGGUGGAAAGCCUCACGGCAGCCCGCAGUGCCUUCAAGGCAGGCACAGAGCCUUCAGAUGCUAUUCGUGUGGUGAAUGCUGUACUGACACAAAUAGAUCAGAUUAAAAGGUAUCCCAAUGUCGUUAUUCUGACUACUUCAAAUAUUACGGAGAAAAUUGACAUGGCCUUUGUAGACAGGGCUGACAUAAAGCAAUACAUUGGACCUCCAUCUACUGCAGCAAUAUUUAGAAUAUAUCUUUCUUGCUUGGAAGAACUGAUGAAGUGUCAAAUAAUAUAUCCUCGACAGCAGCUCCUGACACUCAGAGAGCUAGAGAUGAUAGGCUUCGUAGAAAAUAAUGUGUCAAGGUUAAGCCUAGUAUUAAAAGAAAUCUCAAGAAGAAGUGAAGGUCUUAGUGGCCGGGUCCUGAGAAAACUUCCUUUCCUAGCACAUGCGCUUUAUAUUCAAUCCCCCAGUGUUACAAUGACAACAUUUCUUCAAGCUCUUUCACUUGCAGUAGACAAACAAUUUGAAGAAAGAAAGAAACUUGCAGACUGUGUGUGAUACUCCACUGUUUUAUAUUUGUCUGUAUUGUUAAUACUGAAAAUUACAUAUUUUUCAUACAAACUGUGUACAAACUUAUGUGUGUCUGUAAAAUAGAUUGUCAACACCUUAAAAAACCUGGAAUGCCUAACCUAGUUUUUCAAAACAUUCAUUAAUAAACAAUUGAGAAAUUUUACAGCCUAUUUUUCAAAAGCUUUAUUUCAAAUGCCAAUAAGAGGAAUUUGUAAAAAAUUCUUACUAGAAGUCAGUUGUUAAAAAGUGGACAGCCUUCUGUUCCUUAUUUCUUAAUCAUUAACUUUCUAUUCAUGCAUCAGUUUUUAUACUUCUGAUUUCUUUUAUAUUUGUAAUAGCAAUAGAAAUUCAGUCUUUGGAUCUGAUAUUUGUGCCAUAAAAUGCACUAUUUGUUAUUGCUUCUGAAAGAACAAGCAUGAAACUGGGAAGGACUUGAAGUGCUCAGCAAUGGCCCAGACCUUUUAUACUGAUAACUCUUUAUAUGGAAAUUUAAUAUCAAGUGUUACUUUUUUUUUAUUACAUCAGAUUCAAAAGUUUAAAAUCAAGACCUCACUUAAUUGUAUUUUGUAAUACUGCUUUUUCUGUUGUUGCAAGGAUGUGAACUAGAGUGGACCGUGUUUUCUCAACCAUGGUUUCUCACUGAAGAGUAACUACGAUGCAUUAAGAAAGGUUCUUUAAAGUGCAUGAAGUUCCGUUUUGUUUUACAAACAUGACAUAAAAUUUGCAAAUCAUCUGGGGAGAAAAAAUAUUUUGUACUGCAAAAGCUAGGGAAUGUAUGCAUCUGGUUCCUAAAGGAAGAGUCAACUUUUAUAUGAUAAAUAUAUAUCCUAUAUAAUAAUUGUUACAAAACUGUCAACUCUUCUUUUUCUUCUGUAUUUACAAGUAUUUUUUAUCUGCAGUCAGCUAAAAGAAUGAAAUGUUAGGGGAGUUUCCAGAUUAGAAGUUUAUUUUUUCUUAAAUGAACAUAAACCAGUGAGAUUUAAGUUGGUGAUACCCAGUUAAUGCAUGCCUCCUAGCUGUUGGUAUUGGAAGUAUUUCAAUGAUAGUGCAUUUUGUUACUUCCUUGUCUGUAUCUUUUAAACCAAUGUUUUAAUAUACAGUCAUGAGAUGAAAGAUUUUUGUCACAAGCUAUUUUUAUUAAUGAAUGCUAUAAACUGCAUUAAAAAAUUGUACAGAACUUGUCAAGUGCUAGUAAGUUUUUAUUAUGGCACCUGUAUUUACGUAAAGAGAAUGUCUGUUAAGCCUAAGUGUCUGUUUAUUAUAUUGCUUUUGAAAAUAACUUAUUAAAUAUUAUUCCCUAUCCACCCCCAAAAAAAGAAGGGGGGUGGGGUGGGAGAAGAUUGUACCAAAUUCA